GGUCAAAAAGCUGUUAAACUUUCCCUGAAAAGCAGUGCAUGAUAUCUCACUGAAGGAUGCCACAAGGACACAUAUGUCUUGUGGCAAUCUAGCCAAUUGUAUUUUAUCCCCUGCUGCGUAUAUGUGUCUUCGUACGUACAAGUAAAUAAUUCAAUGAAUAGCUUGUUACCCUUAUUUAUUUGCUGUAGUAUCUAUGUAGUAGAUGUUUAAAUAUGUAGUACAGUACAUACGUGUGUACAAAAUACAUGUAUAUCCUUUAGGGUCUUGAAGAGGAAUUAAUGAACGGAACCAUCCACUUUACUUGAGGACAACGUUCUGAGCAGAGAGGCAGACUGCAACACAAGAGAACUCCCCCCUGACCACUUCCGGCUUUGCGCCGAAAAAAAUCCUUUCUGGUUCUUCGUGGUAUUUCUAGAAUAUCGGCCCUAUUUUAGUUUUCAUUAUUCUACAUGAUGCUUAUUAGGACAUAGAACACACAUUACUAUGUAUCGAGAUGCUCAAUGUGGAUUUCAAUGGCAACGUGUUCGGACUUUGGAGCUCGGGGUGCAGUGAUUUUUUCCCUCUUGUGUUUGUAUCUUCGUGGGCUGCGCAGAGCUGUGAUUUUUGUGUAGCAACGCGAGACUAUGACGCGCUCUGCGACGAGAGGGCCCGAAUAAAAUGUGUUUAUGUUUAUGACCCGCUGGAUGCCAGCUUCUGUCUUCUAACGGCGUCGGUCGGCCAGCAGCUUAUCCCGUUUAAGCCUUUUGUUGAAGAUCGACCACCAACGACCAACCAUGUGUUGUUGUCCAAUAGACGCGAGAAGGGAAAAUCUGGUUGCAUUCAGCGGCGAGCACUCUAUUUUUCACCCAAUUAUGAUCUCCCGCCUGGAUGCCGUGGAUGGACGAGCAUCAUGAAUAGAUACACAACUAUCAGACAGCUCGGGGAUGGUACGUAUGGCUCCGUCAUCCUCGGCCGCAGUCUGGAGUCAGGAGAGCUUGUGGCCAUAAAGAAAAUGAAAAGAAAAUUCUACUCCUGGGAAGAAUGCAUGAACCUUCGUGAAGUUAAGUCCUUAAAGAAACUCAACCAUGCAAAUGUGAUCAAACUUAAGGAGGUUAUUCGAGAAAAUGACCACUUGUACUUCAUAUUUGAGUACAUGAAGGAAAAUCUCUAUCAGCUAAUGAAAGAUCGGACUCGAUUGUUUCCUGAAUCUGCCGUAAGAAAUAUUAUGUUCCAGAUACUACAGGGACUCACGUUCAUUCAUAAACACGGCUUUUUUCACAGGGAUAUGAAACCUGAGAAUCUUCUGUGCAUGGGACCAGAGCUGGUGAAAAUAGCUGACUUUGGGCUUGCCCGUGAAAUCAGAUCUCGACCACCAUACACGGACUAUGUCUCGACCAGAUGGUACAGAGCCCCAGAAGUUCUCCUCAGAUCCACAUCCUACAGUUCGCCCAUAGACCAGUGGGCCGUCGGCUGCAUCAUGGCAGAGCUUUACACCCUCAGGCCUCUCUUCCCGGGCUCCAGUGAAGUCGACACCAUAUUCAAAGUUUGCACAGUCCUGGGCACACCAAAGAAGAAUGAUUGGCCGGAGGGAUACCAUCUGGCAAGUGCCAUGAAUUUCCGAUGGCCUCAGUUUGUUCCGAGUAAUCUGAAGACACUGAUCCCAAAUGCCAGCCCUGAAGCCAUCCAUCUGAUGACAGACCUGCUCCAGUGGGAUCCCAAAAAGAGACCAACUUCAGCACAGGCUAUAAGGUACUCUUACUUCCACGUGGGGCAAGCUUUGGGCACUCCUCAACAGAUCCUGGAGCAAGGUAGACCUCAGCCGGGCCUUGUGCCGCUGCAGGCUCCUUUACAGAUGCUGCAGCAGCAGCCCUUGCUGCUUAAGCCUGUCCCCCCUUCCCAGCCUCCACCUCCCACCCAACACUGCUCCCCCUCCAGGACUCUGCAGCAGGUCCAGCCCUCCCCCGGCUCAGCAGCCGCGCAGGCGGGCGCGUACCAAAGGCACACAGAGCUGCUGCGAGAGCAACAGCCGAAGCACAUCAUGAGGCCGGAGCAGAGCGGAGGAACGCCACAGAGCCGUCUUCCCUACAUUGUUGACAAGAGUCUUCAGAGCAAGCAAUCAAGACAAGAGACGGAAAAAGCAAACCUGCUGAGCUAUCAGUUGAAACCUAAAGGGGGGGGGCGGCGGCGCUGGGGCCACGGCACAGGACACCUCAAGGGGGACGACUGGGACGACGAUGAAGAAACGGAUCCGACCUCUAUAAGUAUUCUCGGGAAAAGUACCUUCUCCACAGAGAAGUCGAGACGAGGAGAGGACACACUGAGCAGAUACGGACAUGUUCUGGAUUUCAGUCGACCCAAUGGGAAGGAAGAGGCACCUUUAAACCUGAACAAGAGCGCAGCCUACCAGGAGCCGCUGAGAACCGCCUCCGCCAAACAACAUUACUUGAGGCAGUCAAGAUAUUUACCAGGCAUUAGCACAAAAAAGAACAUGGCCAUAAAUGCCAGUAAAGACGCAACCGGAAGCCAUCUUUGGGGCAACGGCGGUAUUCCAUUUGGAGGGACUUUGCCGAGCAGAGGCGCUCAUGGCACAAAUACAAUCCUGGGUGGAUACAUGCCAUCCUUUUACAAAAAAGACGUGGGUUCAGCCGGUCACAGACGGCACCAGAGUCCUUCUGUGGAAUCAACCGCAUCAAAUUAUGCAACAUGGCAGUCGGGCCGGAGUCCGAUGAACACCUCUACCAACAUGCCAUCGACCAACAAAAGCACCCCUGGUCUGCUGCCUCGCCCGCCGUUGCAGUCGAUCCAUGGGCGAACCGACUGGUCUGCCAAAUAUGGACACCGCUAGUGCCCCGCCUGGAGCUCCGAUCUGUGCUCCUGAAGCCUAGUUUAUGCUUCUGCGUUUUCAGAGCGACGCAGACGCAAGACCCCCUUGCGUGUCCUUUGCGUCCCUCCUUGCGUCCUUGCGUGUGUCAAGCC